GUUCGGCGCCGGUUUAUAUAACAGGCGCGGGGAGGCGCUGGGCUCAGGCUGAGCGGAGCCAGUUCUGCAGCCGCCGCCGCCUGCGUUCCCUCCCCCCCUCCCCCAGGUGAUGGCCCAACCAGGGUCCGGCUGCAAAGCGACCACCCGCUGUCUCGAAGGGACCGCGCCGCCCGCCAUGGCUCAGUCUGAUGCCGAGGCCCUGACGGGCGCUCUGGACAAAGACGAGGGUCGGGUCUCCCCAUGUACGCCCAGCACACCAUCUGUCUGCUCGCCGCCCUCUGCCGCCUCCUCCGUGCCGUCUGCCGGCAAGAACAUCUGCUCCAGCUGUGGCCUCGAGAUCCUGGACAGGUAUCUGCUCAAGGUCAACAACCUCAUCUGGCACGUGCGGUGCCUCGAGUGCUCCGUGUGUCGCACGUCGCUGAGGCAGCAGAACAGCUGCUACAUCAAGAACAAGGAAAUCUUCUGCAAGAUGGACUACUUCAGCCGAUUCGGGACCAAGUGCGCCCGGUGCGGCCGACAGAUCUACGCCAGCGAUUGGGUGCGGCGGGCGCGCGGCAACGCCUAUCACCUAGCCUGCUUCGCCUGCUUCUCCUGCAAGCGCCAGCUGUCCACCGGUGAGGAGUUCGGCCUGGUGGAGGAGAAGGUGCUGUGCCGCAUCCACUACGACACCAUGAUCGAGAACCUCAAGAGGGCCGCCGAGAACGGGAACGGCCUCACGCUGGAGGGGGCAGUGCCCUCGGAACAGGACAGUCAGCCUAAGCCGGCCAAGCGCGCAAGGACGUCAUUCACCGCCGAACAGUUGCAGGUUAUGCAGGCGCAGUUCGCGCAGGACAACAACCCGGACGCACAGACGCUGCAGAAGCUGGCGGACAUGACGGGCCUCAGCCGGAGGGUCAUCCAGGUGUGGUUUCAAAACUGCCGGGCGCGUCAUAAAAAGCACACACCGCAGCACCCAGUGCCGCCCUCGGGGGCGCCCCCGUCCCGCCUCCCCUCCGCCCUGUCCGACGACAUCCACUACUCCCCAUUCAGCAGCCCCGAGCGGGCGCGCAUGGUCACCCUGCACGGCUACAUUGAGAGUCAGGUUCAGUGCGGGCAGGUGCACUGCCGGCUGCCUUACACCGCGCCCCCCGUCCACCUCAAAGCUGAUAUGGAUGGGCCACUCUCCAACCGGGGUGAGAAGGUCAUCCUUUUUCAGUACUAACGCUGCCGUCACUUCCGCAUCUGUCCGUGGGCACCCCACAGCUGCCCCUCAGCCGCUGAGAUCCAGUGUCCAAGCUGUGGCCAGGGAUCCAACCGCCUCCGCAUCCACCCCCAUCCACCAUCAUGCCCGCCACCAGCUGGGCCCCGUAGGCCUGGCCUUUCCCUCUCCUGCUGCGAGCCAGAACCAACCAGGAGCAUCACAGAAUCCUCCUCAUGGAAGGCAGAACUCCCUGAAAUUUGGAAUCAGGGUGAAAACAACAGCCUGUUUUUUCCAUUUAAACAGGAGUCCUCUUCAAUUUAAGCUGAUUACAAUAGCAAAAGGCAGAAUUGAAUUGUGCGAUGCCAGCAGCCUUCUAAUUUACAGGUUUU